AUGACAGUGACGAAAGGACACAAGGAUGUCCAUUGGAAAGCCCCAACUCUUAUGCUGCUUCCCACAGCGGCUGGACUGGGUCUUGCAUUGGGACAACACUUUUUCUACCACCACCUGAAUGGAAGAGCGACCGAUGGUUCUGAGACGAAAUACUCUCAAGCCCUCAACACCGGUAUAGGCACUGCCAUGGCAUUUCUUGUCAGAUCCCAACUGGUUCUUGCCAUUGGCACCGCAUAUGCUCAGUUGUUUUGGCAACGGCUGCGACACAAACAGGUCAAGUUUACGGAAAUCGACUCACUUUUCUCGAUUUUGACCAGCGUGAUGGACUUGUUGCGAUGGAGAAUCUGGGUUCAUCACCCUUUGUUGGCUUUUGUUGCUCUGUUGGCAUGGCUACUACCAUUGACAGCCGUUGUUGCGCCCACUGCAUUGACCACGCACUGGUCGGAAAGGUCGCGCGAAACAUAUCAAAUGGCAAAGGUGCCGGUUCCGGACUUCAACCGCAGUUCUUAUGGCAUCCUCGGCGCCGACAUGACCAAUGGCUAUCUUAGUUGGAGAGGCUCACAGUAUACUCUGGACCGACUGACACUCGCCACUGCUACCGGAGGUGAAGUAUUAUCUGCACCCGCACCGGCAGUCAACUCUUCGUACACGAUCAGCUUCUAUGGCCCAUCACUACAUUGCCAACCUCCUUCUAGCGCGUUCAAUCAGAGCUUCCAAACACUCAUUACAGACUUGGAGCAAGGGAAGUUACUCUACCAGCAGAUCCUCUACGCUGCUUGGCGUCCAAAUGACACGGACAACUUGCCGUGGUUGGAAACAAUGUUGGAAACAGGGUUCGACCAAGGGGCCGGGCGCAAUCUGAUCGGGCCGGGCGAUCAAACAGCCACGGUGUAUUUCGCUUUCACGGGUGCCAAUGCUCCUACCGUGGUCGAGUGUACCUUAACGAAUUCGUCUUAUCUGGUGGAAAUCACUAACUCCAACGGCUUUCAGACUCAACGGGUUCGUAAGGCACAACCACUGGGUAACAUCACGACUAUUUCUGGGUAUCAGUCACACACCGACGAUGCAUUGCGACAGAUCCUUGCCUAUGAAACCAUGCUGGCAUCCUUCUUCGACAUACUUCUGGGCAGCAUCGUGCAUCCUCGAAGCGCUGAUAGCAAUAUCUGGUCGACCGACACCACUCAAGUGAUGGCGACCACGCUUGGAUUGAGUGAUGAACUUUAUCCCAUUCUCACAGAAUCCGAUGCCAUGACAGACUAUGAGACACCGACUGAGCCAGACGUCGUGCCCAGUGGAAAGUCGUUCGCCCGGUCUGCAGAAGAAUUGUUCCAGAACAUCACAUUGAGCCUUAUGGCGUUCGAACGGUACAGAACGAACUUUACCGACAUCCAGCACGAACAUCCGCUCACCAACGUCACGAUAUAUUCGCCAUAUAUUGUAUACGACUAUGCGCCCCGGAACCUCAUCAUUGCCUACGCCAGUGCCGUGGGUGUAGCGCUUGUGAUCGUUGUCAUUGGCAGUCUUGUUCUGUUCACUUCUGGAAAAUCAUUCAGCAAUACCUUUACCACUGUCAUGAGAACGACGAACAAUCCUCACGUCGAAGGCAUAGUCACACAGGAUGAUAAGGAUGGAAGGGAUCCGCUUGCAAAGCAUAUCGCUCAGUCGACAUUCGAUUUGCGGCACGACAAUAUAGCGACUGAAAAGGCAGCAUCGGAUUCAACUCCCUCGCAACCCGCCUCCCUGAUCUCCGAAAAGGUGGUCAAACCUUCAAUUGUCAGGGCAAAGUCAUUGCCCGCGCGAGCAUUAAUGAAUACGGCCGUGACAGACGCAGGACCCUUGCCUAUAAGCCCACCAACCGCAGAAAAUAGCCGACCCAAUCAUGGUGAAGGAACUGUCCAUGAGGGUCCAGACGGUGGACGUAGUGGAGAAGGACCAUCACACCGUUCAACCUGGUGA